AUGGGUCUCGGAUGGAACAGCGGCCCGGGCGCAACACGGCAGGGACAUAGUCCGAGCCGGCCGCUACGCUCCGCGUGCCAUCCGCUACACCUCGGAGCCUACGUGGCUUCCGUGGGGAGCUCCAUCUGGCAAUGCGUGGUUGUGGCCCUUGUGACCAAUCUCUGCCCCUUGGAAGGCGCACCCCUUGAGACAGAUCUUGGCUUGGAAAGGGAGGAUGGACUCGAGACCGGCGAGGCGAGAGGCUGGGGGACGUUGAGGAUGGUAUGA